AUAUAAUUAUAAAAUAGCUGGUUUUGUUUUGUUUUAAAACAUUUCUUUGUGGUUUUAAUUCAUUUAAAGAAUUUAAUUUAAUAGGAUCUUUAUAAUUCAACAGGCUUAAAAGUUUUAUUAAGUUCCAAAGUAUAGAUCUAGCAUUACUAGCAUUAGUAUGUUUAGAUUACAUUUUAUGUUUGUUAGAUUAGCAAUGGAAUCAAGUCAGUUAGUUAACAAAACAUCUUAACAAAACAUUUCAAGGAAAAUCAUCAGUUGGCUAUCUUUUAAUCUGUGGGCUUAGUUUUUUUUUUUAAACGAAAACAUUAUUAUUGUUUUUGGUGCAUUCUUAGGGCUUUAGUCACCAAUGUUUAGAUGGGAGGAAAAUAUCUAAAGCAUUCAGGAAAACUUUAGUUUAUUCAAGAUGCAUUCAUAACCUUUAAAGUUCUUAAUCUUCUAAGGGUGGAGCUAAACUCUCAGUAUAGUUAUAUCAAGAAUCAUUCACAGUAUAUUUUUAAGUCUAUUAUUUCAGUCUUUCCCCAACUGUGUUUCACUGAACCCUAGUGUUCCAAGAGGCCUGACUAGGAGUUCUGCUAACUACUGGGAUAAUUAAACAGCAGGCCACUACAUGAGUUAAUCUUUCUUUAAAAAAUAAGUAAAGUUUUACACUAAAUAAUCAGAAUGUGCAAAGUGUUCUGUUAAAGAAAAGUUUUGGGAAACACUUCAUUAUUUGAUGUUACUUGGGUAUUCUCCUAGUAACUAAUUGACUUAGGGGUUAUUUUGACUUGCAUUAAAAGAGUUACACAACAAUAUAGUGUAAACCAUGGUUUCCCAUUACUUGUGUCAUUGCUGUGUUUCUGCUCGCUUCUUGGGACUUUAUACAGAAGCACAGAGUGAAACACCAAGAACACCAUUCACAUCUAAGCCUGAAGGUCAGAGGUUAGAAGUAGUGACCCAGAUCCAUGCAGCUGCUGUGAAUGGAGAGAAGCAGACUCUACUCAGACUAAUUGCAGCUUCAGCUUCCAAUGGAGAUCUUGAUGUUGGUGAUCAGUUUGGACGUAGUCCACUUAUGUACUGUGUACUGGGGGAUAGGCUGGAGUGUGCCGAGGUUCUUCUCAAGACUGGGGCCCAGGUGAACCUGAAAGACAAAGGAGGGAGGACUGCCCUUCACUGGGCAGCACACAAGGGAAAUCUUCGAUUUAUGAAGCUUUUGCUUUCUCGGGGCGCAGACUGCCGUGAGAAGGACAACGAAGGUCAGACUGCUCUGCAUCUGUGCACGAGACAUAAGUUACCCAAAUGCAUGGCUUUGUUGCUGAGACAACUGACUCCUGGGGAGAUAGAUGAUCAGGACAAAAAUAAAAGAACUGCUUUACACUGGGCUGCUUCUUAUGGCAACUUGGAACAUGUCAAGAUGCUUAUUAAACAGGAUUCCAACAUUGGUAUACCAGACACAGAAGGCAAGACACCAUUACACUGGGCUGCAAGUACUAGGGACAGAGAAGCUGUUAGCUGUGUGAAACUGAUUUUGGAAACCACACCUAGUGUUAUAAAUUGGCAAGACUACGAAGGUCGAACGGCUUUGCACCUUGCAGUAGCUGAUGGAAAUGAGAGUGUUGUUAAUGUUCUGACCACUGUCAAAAACUGCAAUGUCUCCGCUUUAGAUAAUGUGUUUCGAACUCCGCUUCAUUGGGCAGCAGUCUUAGGUCAUUCCAAGAUAGUGUCUAUUUUAUUAGACAGUGGGGCUGACAGUUCAAGUUCUGACUCCAAUGGAGCGACAGCACUGCACUACGCAGCUCAGAAUAAUUUCAGUGAUACUGUUUCAGUGUUCUUGAAACACAACUGUACAGAUGAAGCGGAUCUAGAAGGACGUACUGCUUUCAUGUGGGCCGCUGGUAAGGGUGCCGAUGAUGUCAUCCGAGUUUUCCUAGAACACAAAGUUGACAUACACCAAGAGGACAAAACUGGUGGAACAUCACUUCAUGCUGCAGCAUUGUCUGGUCACAGUUCUACAGUUAAACUCUUGCUGGACCAUGGGGCCCAGCUAGAGGUAACGGAUCAGGCAAAACAUACCCCUUUGUUCAGGGCAUGUGAGAUGGGCCACAUGGAUGUUGUCCAGACACUGAUCGACUGCCAUGCCAGAGUGGAUGUGCUGGACCAGUAUGGAAGGUCACCAUUACACUGGGCAGCCCUAGGUGGACAUGCUUACAUAUGCCAGCUCUUGAUAAAGUAUGGUGUGAACCCAGAUGUUAGGGACCACUCUGCAAGAGCUCCACUCCACUGUGCUGCAUUUGGUGGCUUUGUCAACUGUAUGUCUGUAUUGAUGGAGCAUGAAGCAGAUCCCAAUUCUCAGGACAAAGAAGGCUUGACUUGUCUACACUGGGCAUGUUCCAAAGGUCAUCUUGAUGCUGUAAAACUACUCAUUGAAUACAAUGCUUACCCCAAUCAUAUGGCUUUCACAGAGGACAGGUACACUCCUCUUGAUUAUGCAUUAAUGGGAGAGCACCAUGAGGUAGCUCAGUAUAUGAUAGAGCAAGGGGCAUUAUCCAUCACAGGGAUUCAAGAUAUUGCUGCGCAGAAGAUCCAGUCAGCUUUCCGAGGUUACAGAGUGAGAAAGGCUUUUAUAGAAAGGAAAAAAUUAUUUAUGAAACAUGAAAAGUUGAAAAAAGAAGCAGCUAGAAAGAGAGCCGGAGAAGAAGGAAAGAGAACUAUGGAGAAACAGACCUCAUUCGGGAAAUCAAUUUCCUUCGAUAAACAGACAUCAUUUGAUAAACAGACUUCUAUAGACAAGCAGACUUCUUUGGAUAGGCAUACACCAUUCGAUUCCCAGACUUUGUCUCAAGCAGACAGACUGACCAUUUCCCACACAACUACAAGCAGAAAUGCUGAAAAACUUCCAGAAAAUAGUUCUAAAACUUCACAAGCGGAAUGCAACCACUUACAUAACCUUGAAAUUGCAAGUGGUCACAUGACUUCCCCAGCUAACAUUCAAUCCAACAUAAAAAAUCACACAGCUUAUUCAGAAAAUUAUGAUCAAAAUUCUAACACCAGGAAUAUCAAUGAAAAAAGAAAUGCAGACAUCAAUAGUCCAAAACAAAUGCAAGAAUCUCAAAAUGACAAACAGCCAAUGAAAACUGAACUAAAGGUUCAUAAGCCCCGCCUUCGUGCUAGCCAGAGAAGACGUCUGCUACAAGCAGAUCAAAACAAAGGAUCAUUACUAGGCGUUAAUCAAACUGUCAUUGCAAGUGAUAAACUGUGUUAAAUAUUAAUUAUAAGAGAUAAUGCCUUGUUACUGAGCUGAACUAUGAAGUUUACAAGAAGGUGAAAUGUUUAUUUUUUUUCUUCAUUGAUCUAAAUGAUGUAAUAUGGAACUUCUAAACAUUGCUUUUGCAUAGCCCAACUUCCUGCCAUGGCAUGUACAGUGCACUCUGUUGUGAUCCAGUGGUGUAGCAUCCAUGGCGCAAAGGGUUCAAUGAACUCGGGGCCAUGACAAACAGGGGCCCAUAAGGGCAGGUAAAAAAAUCAAAAACAAAAUGUGUUGAAUGUUUUCAUUUAAAUGUAUUAAAUUCUUAUCUAUUUUUACUUACCAUUUUUAAUGUUGUUAUAUUAUAAUCUCUAACAAAAAAAAAACAGAAAUAUGAAAUAACAAAUGGAUGUAAAUCUCAAUAGUAAGAUGCAACUAGCGUUUAUCUUUUGGUAUUUGCAAAAAUUAUCAUUUUGAUGGUACAAGUCACUGUGGCUUAGAAUGCAGAAAAACGCUUAGCAUCAGAACUCGGUCCCAGAUUCAGUUUGGAGAGCUUGCAGCGUUCUCCCAGUCCACCUUUUUUUAUCAUAAUCUUGGGGAGGGGGCCCAAUAUCAUAUUCUUGAACCCGGGCCCAUCGAUCACCUUGCUACACCACUUUUGCAAUCUCAGGUAGACUUGUGGGAUCUAGGAUAAGGUUUCAGUGCUUCCAUUUACAACUCACCUUCAGGAUUCAAACUUGAGCCUCAUUGAUAAGGAGUCACAUGGUUUACUCCACUCAGUCACACAUCUCACCCUGUUCUUGGUUCUUAAGAUUAAGGAAUAAUGUAAUAUUGUAUGUAUAUUGUUACAAAGACCCUGCUGUGGCCUUCAUAUUCUGCCAGAACGUACAUAUUCUGAUGUGACAUACACAUUGUGAUGUGACCUACAAAAUCUAAUGUGACCUCCAUAUUCUGAUGUGACCUAAAUAUUCUCUUAUGGCCUACAUAAUUUGUCCGGACCUACAUAUUAUCCACAUCUUAUGAAGAAGAAAAUAUAGUUUGCUAUGGCUUGAUUCAAUUUUUUUUUUCCCUUGUUUGCCAAUUUCUUCAUGGGUCCAGUUUGUCACCUAGCAUCUUAAUGACAUUUUUUACAAUUAUAAAUCAUUUCAUUGAAUAUCAACACCAAGGCUUGUGCUGAUAUUUAAAAUUGUGAAGAAUUACAAAUAGAGAUCUGUCACAUAAAAGGUAAAAAUCAAUAUGAGGUUACGUGUAGACUUCCAAUCAAUAAAACAUAAAUCAGAUAAGUUAUUCUCUUAUCAGUACACCCCUUCCCUCUCUUUCUCUCACAGGGUUUAGAGUAGUUGAUAGUUCUAGUUUUAUAUAGGCUAUAAGUUGGCAGGAUUCCAAACAGCUUACUGUGUGUUUUUUUGUUGUUUUUUUUAGUCUUAUUCUAAAUUUUAAUCUGGGUAUUUCCAAACAUUCUUGAGUCAACCUAGCAGUAGUGGGAACUUAAUUUUAGCUGAGUUGAAAAAAAUGUCUAUUGACUUAAGCUAUGUAGGAGAUAAUAAUCUUCUUUGAAUCUGUAAUUUAUAAGAAAUGUUUAGACAAAACUCCCAGAGACAAGUUUAUUUUACCUUCCUUGUGAAUCUUUCGAUCUCAAAUUGUGACUUAGCUUUUGGCAGUCUCUGAGUAUCUUUAGAUCUCUAAUUGUGACUUAGCUUUUGGCAGUCUCUGAGUAUCUUUAGAUCUCAAAUUGUGACUUAGCUUUUGGCAGUCUCUGAGUAUCUUUAGAUCUCAAAUUGUGACUUAGCUUUUGGCAGUCUCUGAGUAUCUUUAGAUCUCAAAUUGUGACUUAGCUUUUGGCAGUCUCUGAGUAUCUUUAGAUCUCAAAUUGUGACUUAGCUUUUGCAAUCUCUGAGUAAUUAUUUGAUGGGCUUUUCUUAUAUCUUAUAAAUCACUUUAAAAGAUAAUUAAAAAUUAUUGAUCCUUUUAAUGGUUUUUCAGUUUGACCAAAAGAAAUCAGUCUGUCCUUGGGAAAGUUCUUGUAGAUUUCUUCAUCUUAACUGGGACAGUACUUGACUUAUUUCCUCUGGCUAAGAGGCUAAGUGUGUUUUGUAUGGCAUUUGACAAAAGCUUGAAAGCUUUUUGAUGGAUCAGUUGUUUGUAUAUAAACUCUGUACUGCUGACACAGUCAAAUUAAGGUUAAACCCAGCUUUUUGCAGCCGACUUGCAGGAGCAUAGACCAAAACCUAAUAAUAUGUUUUUCUGAAAGAAAUUUUGCAUUGAUUUUUUGCAUUAUAUAAGAUUAUAAGAUAAUUGUACUGACUUAAGUAAAAACAAAAAAAACAACAACAUAGAAGUGAUUAUGUAUUCAUUAUUUGAUCUAGUGCUCAUAUUGAACAAUGUUGUUAAUUUUGCAAUAAAGUUGUUACUAGACUUUCCUUUAUAAUAGAU